CUUGUGUACAAUAUAAUCUGUGUAUCUGAAUGGUUUGAAAGAUUUCAUGAACUUUUUUUUUUUUUGCAGAUCAUUGAUCAGUCACUUGUUUUGGAAUUUUCUCCCCAUCUGUUUCUUACUAAGAUUCCACUCUGGUGACUGUUAUCACACUUUCUUUACAUUGGAAGAACUUUGUCCCGGCGAGAAGAGCUCUGCCACCCUUAGUAGUUCUUGCUCCUCCUCCUUUUUUCAGCAUAACCAAUCAAGUAAGAGUUAGUGGCCCUCUGAAAUUGAACACUAAAGUGAAAGAAACACAUGGAAAGAUUUUCUUUACCAUGAAGCGGGCUUGGGCUUUGUUUAAAGCUCACCCGUACAUCAGUAAUGUCCUGGGAUACACAACGCUCUUUGCUUCAGCAGACCUCAUACAGCAAAGUGUCCUGCGUGAGAAACCCAACGCUGGAUCUGCAUCAGAGGACACGGCGAGCAUCGACUGGCGUCAGACAGCUCACGUGGCAAUUGUUGGCUUCUGUUUCCAUGCCAACUUCAACUAUCACUGGCUCCGGGGAUUAGAGAGGAUGCUGCCAGGAGGCGGAGUGAAGGCAGUGGCAGGAAAGGUUGUGGUCGAUCAGCUUAUUGCAGCUCCUCUCACCAUCAGUGCUUUUUACAUUGGUUUAAGUUUAUUAGAAAACAAAGAGGAUCCACUUGAAGUCUGGCGACAGAAAUUCUGGACCGCUUACAAGGCUGGGGUGAUUUAUUGGUCAGCAAUGCAAGGCAUCAACUUCGUAUUCGUUCCUCCUGUGGCACGGACAGUCUUCCUAGGAGGUGUUGCUCUGACGUUCACAAUCUUUCUUUGCCACUUCAAACAGCAGCAGAAUCAGUGACCCGAACAAGCCACACAAACUCCUGAUACAAGGUUUAGAUCUGGUCCCUUUGAUUGAUCAGAUCUCAAAAAAGAAAAAAAGGGGUUGAUUUGUGUACAACAUGAAAUGUAUUAAACUUUGUUGCAUUUCUAAAAAUGUAAAAUUUCUGACUUUAUUUAAAGUGUACAAAAUUUCGUUUUUGAGCAAUAAAGGAAGGUAUAAAGCCCUCCACUAUUAAACAAAUCAUAAAUCCACAAAAGGUCUGGAUUGAUCAUUUUGCAUAAGAAGUUUUUUGUAUAAUAUUUUCUCCCAACAACACAAUACAUGUUUAAUAAAAUGAAGUUAAAUCACAUGCCACGCCAUCCUGGGGAAACCUAUUAGCUUUGCCAAUUUUAUUGACAUUUCCUUCGUUUUUAAGUAAUAAAAUAAUUUGUUUAUUCAAUUCAUAAAAACAAUUAACGUCGUGGAAAAGAAACAUGACCAACAGACAAAUACAAUUCUCUUUAAUACUGACCAUAAAAUACUCUUUUCUGUUUAACUUUUUCUUCACUUUUUUGAUUUUCCUUUUUGCUGAAAAAGCAUGUGCAUCUCUGUGAAGAACGUUGAACUGUCUGUAUGUAAGAAAGUGCUGAAGAAAUAAAGAUGCAUUGACUUUGCCACAGUUUGUUUAAAUAAAUAAAAAAAUCUAACACUGA